UUCACGUUUUUCCUCCUAAAAAUGCCCCCCAAACUGCGGAAUUUCGACAAAAGCAUGGAAAAAUACACUGAUGUUGUGCUAGUUGUCAAGCAGGAGAGGUUCUAUGUCUCUAGAGCGAUUCUCUCGGAGCACUGCACUUAUUUCCAAUCCCUAUUCUGUGGGGACUCCAAUUACCAAGAGCACAUAAUCAGCGACGUAGAGCCACAAGAUUUUCAGAAGUUCUUGGAGGUUGUGCAUGGGGAGCCUGCAAUUUUCGAGGCCACCGUGCAAAAAAUUCUCCCGCUAGCCCAGAAAUUUGGCUCAAAAACUGUGCUCCAAAAGUGCGAGAGAUUCUUGAUCACAAUUUCGACGGUGAGGUUAUCUACCAAGUGGAAUUUAGCCAAACAGUACGGCCUGGAUGAGCUUCAGGCCCAUUGCAAAUUGGAAUUCAAAACUGCUCAGAUUGUCAGGAAAAAUCCGCAGCCUGAACCUAAAUCUCUGGCCUAUUCGGAUAAAUUUAUUUUCGACCACAGUUUUGAGAAAGUUGAUGGCCUAGCGGAGGGAGAUAUGAGGAGAAGUCAGCCUAUUACCCAUUUGGAUUUUACUUGGACCAUCUACAUCACAAGGAAGAAUCAGCAUCUCCGCGUGAGCCUAUGCUGCGGCAAAGCUCAUCUAACCUCCGACUGGACCGUCCGUGCGGACUUCAAAAUGACACUCACGGCAAAAGGUAGCCCGGAUCUGGUGUCUGACACCAAAGGAUUCUUCCACUUGGACUCGGAGAAGAACUUCUACUGGGAGCUUGGUCAGGAAGUCGAGUGGGAUGAGAUCCGGGACAAAUGCCUGGCGGAUGGGAAGCUCGAGGUGGAGACGCGAGUCAGAAUCGUGAAGAUCCGAGAGCUGCCGGUAGAGGAGUUCAAGCCGCCGAGGAUAGUGACGGUGAAUGCAGUAAAAUCCUAUGAGGGGGUGCUGCCUCCGACUAAAGUUCUAUUUGGAGAUUUCCCAUUUCCGAAGGCUCUAGCCAAGGAAAAACCAGACUAUUCGGACUACAUCAGGGUGACACCUUUGACUCAACAGGCAAAGACAAGUGCUCCAGCUGAAACUCCUGAUCUUCAGACACCUCCACGCCAACAGGCUUCUGCAAAGCCCCAAGCCUCACCCGCCAAGUCCGCUGGAGCUCCCCAACUACCCCAAAAAGUUCCGCUGUUUCCUUCCGGAGGGGCUCCCAGUUCUCCUAGCGCCCCUGAAGCGCCUUCGGAGCCACCUCCACCCAAAAUCUACCCCACACUAGGAGCGAAUGCCCCUCCAGCUCCUCCAGUACAAGGGAAAAAGUUUAUAUUGAAAAAUGUUUUCGGAAACGUUGAAGCUAUGAAGUGCCACACAGCGAUGGCCUGUCAAAAAGCUGUCGCCUACGAUUUCGAAUGGAACUUGAUCAUCUCCCAAAAGAACAACCGUCUCCACGUCAGCCUGUGCUGCUCCAAAUCCAAUGUGACUUCGGAAUUCCGAAUCCUCGCUGACUUCGAAUUGAUCAUUGCGGGCAAAAAUGGAGGACGACCUCUGAAGUCCAAGACAAAUGGAUGCUUUAACAUUGAAAAAACAAAGAACUCCAGUCAGGAGCUUGGUCAGGAUGUUGAGUGGUCGACCAUUGUCUAUGACUACAUGGUCGAUGGAAGGUUGACCGUCGAGGCUCACGUCAAUAUCACCAGGGUCACUUGCUUGGAUGCUCCAAAGUUCAAGAAGCUGAGGAAUUUCGAUGCAACCGGGAAUUCGUGGGAUGUGAUGCUGAUUGUUGCCGGGCAGAGGUUUUUUGUGUUGAAGGAGAUCCUCAUCUCCAACUCCGCCAGAUUCAAGAACAUAAUCAGCAAGAUCAACUUCACCGCAGCACCGAGCACCGAGAUCAAGCUCCCCGACUCGAGUGCCGAUCACUUCCAGAACUUCCUGGAAGCCUGCUACGGAGACCCCUCAAUUAAUGACGACACUGUCCAUGGAAUUCUGAAAAUUGCGCAAAGCUAUGAAGCCGCGGGAAUUGUGAAGCGGUGUGAAGAGUAUGUAAUAAAGUACUCCAAGAAAACGCUGGAGCAGAAGGAGAAGCUGGCGAAGCAUCAUAAUUUGAAGACUCUAAAGGCACAUUGUGAUUAUUGGAAAAGUCGCCGGAAAUGCUGCUAGAUUUGUACGGAAAUUAAUAAAAAUGUUUUAUUAGA